AUGGGCAUCAAUGGACCCGGUCAAGUAGCUCCCCCGAACAUGUCCCAUCCUCUGGUUCCACCAUUCCAGCUACUAGGGCCGACGAACGAGGAGUACUCGGGGCAAUUCUGCUUGCCACAAGUGCCCAUGCCCAUCAACGUCACGCUAGGCGUGGGCGACAACGUGACGCUGCAGGUGAUUGAGGUCGCACAGCACGGCGCGUCUCUAUACAACUGCGUCGAUGUCACACUGGCAGAGCCCGAAGACGUCAAAGAAGUGACUCCUCAAAACUGCUAUAACAGUUCAGACCUUGGCUUUGAGCUGUUGUUCACGACCGCCGCACUCAGCAACAGUGCAUCCAGCAUGAUCUCAAGCCCAUCAACAUGGCCGCUGUUAGUUGUAGCCUCUGCCACGGCAGUCACAAUACUGUUAUGA